AAUUGCAGGAAGUGGCGUCAUUUUGCAGCUCAUUAAACGUCAUCAGCUGUACAGGUGAGUCGGACGGAGGUGAAUGGCGGUAGCUCGGGAAGCUAACGCUAGCUUGAGCACCGUAGCUCCCAGACAGUAGCCACUAGCUGAAAGAGUUUUAGUUGGAAGCGUCACCGUUAAAGCCGCCAUGUCAGAGAAGGCUCCCCUGCUACAUUACCGACUCACCGCCAGUGGCCAUGAGCCGACAGACGUCUCCAAACACGGCAGAGCCAAGGUGGGCAGGGACGGCAGAGGGUCCGGGGAGAAGCCCGCCCGAAAGCUCGGUGUGCUGUUCGGAGUGGUCACACCGACUCUGCUGUCCAUGUUCAGCGUCGUCGUGUUUCUGCGAAUAGGAUUUGUUGUGGGACAAGCAGGGCUCUAUCAGUCUAUUGCCAUGUUCCUGGUGGCCUACUUCAUUAUCACCAUGACUGUGCUCUCUGUGUGUGCCAUCUCCACCAAUGGGGCUUUAGAUGCUGGAGGUGCCUACUACAUGAUAAGCCGAGCCCUGGGUCCAGAGUUUGGUGGCAGCAUCGGGAUCAUGUUUUUCUUUGCCAACGUGUGUGGCAGUGCUCUCUAUGUUUUGGGUCUGGUUGAGGCUAUCAUGUCGGUCUUUGGCAUCCCAGAAGAGGGUGCUGCAGCUUCUGCAGGGCCACAUCAGGUGCUGCCUUCAGGAUACUUGUGGUCUGUGCUUUAUGGCACUGGCCUGCUCUUUUUGUGUUUCCUUGUCUGCUUGGUGGGAGCCCACAUCUAUGCCAAGGCCGCCUUUAUAAUUUUCAUCAUAGUCACAACAGUCCUUGUGUCCAUUUUCAUCAGUUUCUUCAUCGUUGGGCCUGUUGGAGUGAUUUUGCCUGAUACCUCUGUUAACAGCACCAGCCUGACAAUAGCCAAUUUUACUGGAUUCCAACUCCACACCUUGCAGAGUAACCUCUUGCCCAAUUACACAGUGGACUACACCACUGGUGCCAUGAUGAGUUUUACCACAGUGUUUGCUGUCAUGUUCAAUGGUUGCACUGGAAUAAUGGCAGGCUCCAACAUGUCGGCUGAUCUACCCUCCUAUAGUCCUUUUCCUCCAAAUCGCCUGCUCCAAAAAGACUACAGUUUCCUGGGAGACAUCAAUGUAUGGCCGCCCAUGGUGACAGUCGGUGUUUACUCCUCCACUAUAUCUGCUGCCAUGAGUAAUCUGAUUGGAGCUUCCAGGAUCCUUUAUGCAUUGUCCAAAGACAACCUGUUUGGUGGUGUUCUGGCUCUGGCGAGGAAAACAUCUCGGAGUGGGAACCCCUGGGCCUCGGUGCUUGUCUCCUGGUUGCUGGUACAGGUGGUGCUGUUUGCAGGUAAAUUGAACACCAUAGCUGGUAUUGUAACCAUCUUCUUCCUGUUGGUCUAUGCUGCUGUGAACCUGGCCUGUUUGGCUCUUGAAUGGGCUUCUGCACCAAACUUCAGACCCUCAUUCCGCUGUUUUACCUGGCACACCUGCACACUGGGCAUCCUUGGCUGCUUGGUCAUGAUGUUUCUGAUCAGUGCCAUUUAUGCCUUUGCCAGCAUUGCCUUUAUGCUGCUGCUCUUGAUGCUGAUCCACUACUUUGGCCCCAUCAGCAACUGGGGAUACAUCAGCCAGGCUCUCAUCUUCCACCAGGUGCGUAAGUACCUGUUGAUGUUGGAUGUACGUAAAGACCACGUGAAGUUCUGGAGGCCCCAGGUCCUGCUGAUGGUGGCGAACCCUCGCAGCUGUACGGGUCUCAUUACUUUCAUUAAUGACUUGAAGAAGAGUGGCCUCUAUGUAUUGGGACAUGUGAAGCUGGGUUUACUAGACGGGCUGCCCUCUGAUCCUUUGCAAAGCUGUUAUGAAUCCUGGCUGUCUCUAGUAGAUCAUCUAAACAUCAAGGCAUUUGUCAACCUCACCCUGGCUGACUCUGUCCGACACGGAGUUCAGAACCUGCUUUUCAUUACAGGAUUUGGUGGAAUGCGGCCAAACACCAUUAUCUUGGGUUUCUAUGAUGACUGCACCCCACAAGACAACCUCCAAGGUAAAAUUAUUCUGUCUACAGGCUACGGUUUGGAUACUGUCUGUCUAACCAAAGACCCCAGGGAGCAGCGGUCCCCUUUCUUCCCCAGUGUGCGGGGCGUGGAGCAAACCAAAGAUUUUCAGGAAGAGGAAUACGUGUCGGUGAUUGCCGACGCUGUUAAAAUGGGGAAGAAUGUGACACUGGCUCGUUACUUUGAUCAGUUCAACCGGGAGGAGGUCUUGGGUUCUGGAAGAAAGAUUGCAGGCCACCAAAGCAUGAUGGGGCCCUUCGUCGAUGUGUGGCCUCUGAAUCUGCUUCAACCAGACAGCCAUGGCUACGUUGACAUCUGCUCGCUGUUCCUCCUGCAGCUGGCCUGCGUUCUGCAAGAGACUCGCGCCUGGAACCAGGCAAGACUCCGCCUCUUCCUGUGCGUGGAGGCUGGUUGCAGUCUGCAGGUAGAGGAGGAGACGAAGCUCAGGGUGAUGCUUAAGAAGCUAAGAAUCUCAGCUCAGGUGCAGAUGGUGGCUUGGGACGAGGUGGUAGCGCUUCACUGGCAGAGACAAGGAGAGCGGGAGAAAGGGAAUCUGGCAGAGUCUGCGCAGAGUGAGGAGAAGAUGGAGCAAGAAGAAAGAGCUCAAAAGGAAGAUGGCAAUGAAAUGUUCCCCAAUAAUGCUGCUCAGCUCACGGAUGAAUACAUCUGUGCCGUCAACAAUCUAAUUCUCCGACACGGAGCCCCUAAACCUGCUGUGCGUUUCCUGUAUUUGCCUCGCCCACCUGCAGACAUAAACCGUUACUGUGCCUACCUGCACCAGGUGGACCUGUUGAGUCGAGACCUCGGCCCAACAUUGCUCAUUCAUGGAGUCACUCCUGUGGUCACUACUGAUCUCUAGAUUUUUACUACCAACUCCAUCAAAUCUGCACCGUUCCUCCAUGGAACUGCCUUUUGCCACCAAUUAAUUCACCUGAUAUUUAAGCCGUCAACCACAUAUGUUUUCCUUUAAUUCAAUAACUCAAUACAAAAUGGAUUUCAUUAGAUUACUUCUGCGAUUACUCUGCAUAAAAUAUUUGCACUUUUUUUUGGAGCGAAAGGAGGAAAGGUUUUUGCGAUUCCUUCCCUUCCUGAAGAAUUAGUCCUGUGCUCUAGUUUCUUUCCAUUGCAUUUUGUAAAGUACAGUUUAAACAUGGGGACCGAGCUUUGUUUGUUGUGUUGUAUGUUUGUUUAUUAGAAAAAUAAAUUGACUGAAUUGUUGUA